AUGUGCUCCGAAGGAGCGGUCUCAGCGGCCCAUUUUGGCCGCGGAAACAGGAAUGUUGUUGAAGACAGCCAGGAUUACCAAGUGAUGCUGCCCCAACUGCCGAAAGGUCGGAUUGUUAUUAAUACUGUUUUUUUGCAUGGCGAUAUCCGUGCUCGGCCGUACAGAGUUGAGGACUACCGUGACGCCCUGGACAGCUUGAAAGUGCUCCCCGAGGUUGUCGCCUUGGGAGCUUUCCAAAUGAACCACGUGUGGGCCGUAACAAUGAAAAGCUCGGAAGCCGUCAACAAACUGCUAACAGCUGCAACAAUUACUGUCAAGGGCCGGCGAUGCCUGGUGGUUGAUCCCAACAACCAAGACCUACGUGUUAAGAUGCACUGGGUCCUCCAUAACGUCAGCGAUGAAGAUGUACGCGAGGCCUUAGCGCCGUACGGCGAAGUUACGGAAGUUUCACGAGAGCGCUGGCGCGCACAGGGCGUGACAGACAAGGGCUCCACUACGCGUCUGGUGAAUCUCAAGUUGAAGCCUGGUGUUAAAGGUGAUGAUAUCCCGCACCAGCUGCGUGUCGCCGGAGAGCCUGCUUUAUUAGUGGUGCCUGGAAGGCCACCGCUUUGUUUGCGCUGCCACGGAAAAGGUCACGUUCGCAGAGAGUGCCGGGUGCCACGAUGCUCGCGCUGCAGGCGUUUCGGUCAUGACGAAAGUCAGUGUGCGCCUACAUACGCGAACGUCACAGGGCCCAUAAGGAGUAUUGACUCUUCUGAGCUCGUCAUGGACGAGGCAGAAGCUGAGGAAACGGCGACAGUACAACACGCGAAGUUGGAACCACAACCAACGCCCCCGGCAACGGCCUCCGCCCCCUUGCAGCGAGCCGUUACUUCGGUGCCUGGCGAACAGCAGCCACUGCAAGAAAGGCAGCCUGACCUGUCAAAGGACGCGCUGCACCGGUCGAAAAAAGCCAAGGAAGGCUCAGCAACAUCGACGGAUCCCGACGCGCCGAGCGCAAUGGAGACCGACGUGACUUCAUCAUCGAAUAAGCGGGCGCACAUCGAGACGGUGAAAAGCGACGACCCGGGUGGUGGCCUGAAUGCCGAGGAGCCGCCUGCGAAAGCGGCACCGGUACGACGCUCACCAUUCAGGCCGAAGCCCAGCGUUCCCCCAGAUAAACGCGAGGCGGACGCGGCGCCGAAGUAGGCGCUGGGGUCUGCACUUCACGGAUGCCUGUACAACAUGUCGCGCAAGUUUUUCAAGUGCACGGAUGGCAAUGGACUGUCACGCCGGCAGCCGUCCGUCGAAGAAGGUUCAGCUGUGCCAGACAUGACACUGCAAGGAAUGACCGUCUGCAAUGAUGCGAAUGCUGUGCGGUCAUGUACAGAGGUGAGCGCUGUGCGACCCGUUUGCUCCUCACAUAAUAUGCACGGUGAAACUGAAAAGCCAAUGCGAGUAGCCACACUGAAUGUCAGGGGCUUAGCGGCCCGGAGAAGACAGUACCAAGUGAGCCGCCUGUUUUUGGAAAAUGACUUAGAUCUAGUCGCAGUGCAAGAAACUAAAAUCGAGAGUGAGGAUCGGACGGCCCGCAUGGUGGAAACCUUUCGAACGCGCUACAAUGUUUGUAUUUGUCAUGCUGUGGGCACAUCUGGUGGUUGCGCGAUAUUCAUUCGUAACAACAUAGGCAUCUCUGAUGUGAGCAUUGUUAUCUCGGAAGCAGGACGCUUGCUUAUUAUAGACUUUUUAUUUUCUGGUCACCCCUGGCGAGUGAUCUGUGUUUAUGCACCGAAUAGCGCGACUGAGCGCGUAGCCUUUUUCGAAAGAAUCGAGUCUUAUCUGCAGUGUUCGAAACGUAUUGUUAUGCUUGGUGAU